CCGGCGCGGGGUCCGCCGACAGGCCCCUCUCGGCGCCUAUGGUGGCCUGGCCGCCUCCGCCGCGGGACCGCUGGCCGCACGGCGGCGAGCGCGGCGGGCCCGAGGCGGGGGCCAGCGGCGCUCCCAGCCAGGGCCGCCCAGGCCGCGGCAGAAGCCGCACUUGGGACGGCGGCGGAUGGACCGCCGCCCGCUGGGGGCGGCGCUGGGGCGCCUGGGACGAGGGCGGCUGGGGCGGCGACUGGAAGUGGCCCUCCGUCCAGGCCGGCUGGGCCAGGGGCCGCGGGCCUGCCGCCGCGGCCCGGGCGCGGCAGGGCGACGGGGCGCCGGGCGGCGCCGAGUGGUGCACGACCGACGAAGACGGCGCUGCGAGCGCCGACGAGGACGAGCUCCCGGGCUGGAUCGCGCACCACGACCUGGUGCUGUCGCCCAGGUCGGCCGAGGGGCCGCCGCCGAGGUUCACGCUCCUCUUCCUCCACAGCGGCUCCAACGGCCCGGCGGACGUGUUCUACUACGUCCCGCACCUCUUCGGCCAGGUGCGGCCGCAGGACGUCCGCGUCGUGGCCCCCUGCUCCCCCCGGCGGCGGCUGUCGUGGGGCGGCCAGUUCUGCAAUUGCUGGUACGAGUAUACCACGGACCGCCUGCGGCUGGGAGGGGAGCAGGACGCGGUGUCCUGGGCCCACUUCAUCGAGCAGAGGCGGCGGCUGCUGCGCCUGCUGGAGGACGAGCACCGUCGCCUGCCGCCCGGCGGCCGCAUCGUGCUAGGCGGCCUCUCGCAGGGCGCGGCGCUCGCGCUGGACCUGGUGCUGCACGCGCCCGAGCACGUGGACAGCAUCGCGGGCUGCUUCUGCACGCGAGGCAUGAUGCAGAGCGAGACCCUGUGGGACCUGACCGAGGACUUGGCAGCGGCAGGCGACGCAGCUCCUGCGGCCUGCUCCUGGCGCCGCAAUGGCGCAUGCUCGCAGGAGGCUAGACCGGUGGCCGCUGCGAUCCCAGCCCCGGGACCGCCCCGCGCAGCUGGUGAACGUGGGGCGGCUGCUCAGCGCCCGCGGCACGCCUCGCGUUGCCGCGGCCUUCCUCCGCACUGCCAUGAACGGGUGGUGCACGGCGCGGCGCUUCCAAGGGAGCGCACCUUGUGCCCUCCACUGCGGCGGCGGAGCUGAUUGUAUAGAGCAUUACGCCCAGUGCGAAGUCUACCACGCGUUCUGUCGAAAGCACGCGGGGUUGGAGACCCCUGCGGGCAGGGACAGCAAGCUAGGGUGCUUUCUCAAUUUGCUGCCUUCGCAGGGCGUGGCGGGGGUCGAGAGAAGCGCGGAGCAGUGCACCCUUCUUCGCGCCCUCACAGUGUACGCGGCGUACAGGGCGCAAGCCGCGGUGCGGACUGGAUCGCUCCUGCGGCGCAACGCCCCUGACGCGCUAGUUUCGUUUUUGAAAGAGGGCGCGAGGGGCCACGCGCAGCUGGACGGCCUUCUGCGGCUUGCCCGGCGCCGCCCUCACGGGGGCGCAACUUAGCGUUUCUGCCGUUUUUCCUCUCCCCCCUCCUCCCUCGUCCUUCUUUCCUCCCUCCCUCGCCUCCUUCCUCCCUCUAGGCGUGCGCGCAUGACGUCGUGUGUCCCGCAGACUCCGUGACAUUAUCACUCUGUCUGUACAAGCCGGCCGUCGAUGGUUCAGCAUUGGCCCUCGGUUGUCGCCGCCGCCGCCGCCGCCGCUCGUGCCGGCCGGAGUGGGAACAGUCGAAUGUGUGAAAGCAUCCCUCCUUAGCCCCUGCAGGAGCCACCGGGCACUUUAACGCAAGUGCCUGCCUGGGGGAGACGAGG